CGGAACUCUUACCGGCAGCGAGAGAGUCCUGGCAGCUGUCGCUGCUACUUUUUCGUGGAAGCCCUGCAGUUAGGACUUUGUGGGGUCUGGCCAGCUGGCUACUCGUUUCCUCGAGUAAUUGGACCAAACUGGUGCGGCUGUGUUUAAAAUUCCCACCCUUUCCUCUGGAGCUGGAAAUGCUUUACCUCGUCGGCCUGGGCCUGGGAGAUGCCAAAGACAUCACUGUCAAGGGUCUGGAAGUUGUGAGACGCUGCAGUCGGGCCUACCUAGAGGCCUACACCUCAGUCCUGACUGUAGGGAAGGAAGCCCUGGAAGAGUUUUAUGGGAGAAAAUUAAUUCUUGCUGAUAGAGAAGAAGUGGAACAAGAAGCAGAUAAUAUUUUAAAGGAUGCUGAUGUCAGUGAUAUUGCAUUCCUUGUAGUUGGAGAUCCAUUUGGGGCUACAACACACAGUGAUCUUAUUCUGAGAGCAAUGAAGUUGGGAAUCCCUUAUCGAGUGAUUCACAAUGCUUCUAUCAUGAAUGCUGUAGGCUGCUGUGGUUUACAGCUGUAUAAGUUCGGAGAGACAGUGUCUAUUGUGUUUUGGACAGACACUUGGAGACCAGAAAGCUUCUUUGACAAAGUGAAGAAAAACAGACAGAAUGGCAUGCAUACAUUAUGCUUACUAGACAUCAAAGUAAAGGAGCAGUCUCUGGAAAAUCUAAUCAAGGGAAAGAAGAUCUAUGAGCCUCCUCAGUAUAUGAGUGUAAACCAGGCGGCCCAGCAGCUUCUGGAAAUUGUUCAAAAUCAGAGAAAACAAGGAGAAGAACCAGCAAUCACCGAGGACACGCUCUGUGUUGGCUUAGCCAGGGUUGGAGCUGAGGACCAGAAAAUUGCAACCGGCACAUUACAGCAGAUGUGCACCGUGGACUUGGGGGGUCCCCUGCAUUCCCUGAUUAUCACAGGAGGCAGCAUGCAUCCGCUGGAGAUGGAGAUGCUAAGUCUAUUUGCCAUACAAGAAAACAGCUUAGAAUCCUGAGUAUUGACAGACAUUUCUGUUGUGUCUUGUUAGAUAUAGAUGUUCUAUAAUUAUUUGUAUAACAAAUUAAACAUUCUUUUGAUUUAUCUAGUAUGCAUAAUAAUAAUUUGCCAGGCACUGAUGGAUCAUACCUGCAAUCUUAGCUGUUCAGGAGCUGAGGUCUGAGGAUCACAGUUCAAAGUCAGCCAAGAUAGCUUAUGUACAGAUUACCAAAAAUAGAAGCUGGAAGUGGAGCUGUGGCUCAAGGGGUAGAGUGCUAGCCUUGAGCAAAAAAUUUGGUCAGGGACAGCACCUAGGCACAAAAAUUGGUGCACGUGUGCACACGCACGCGUGUACACACAAAUAAUUUGACUCAACAGUGUUUAGUUUCCAACAGCAGAGAUUAAUCUUAUGGCAUCAUCACUUGCAGCUUUUCAGGAUAUGUGCAAGUAGAGUAGACCAAGCUGGGGAAAUAAUGGUGAGAACAUCCAUAGACUGAAUCAUUUAAAAGCAGUUUUUAUUUAUGAAGCCAGUUAACAAGUUUGCCUUUUGAUUCUAGUUUGCAAUGGUAAAAAAUGGGGGGAAAAAGCAAAUA